GCACCUCUUAAGACUUCUUCGAAUCAAAGCACACCUAUCCUCAGUGCGUUUUCAUAAGUCAAACAUUUUCCUGGCUCUCAGUUUUCGUUCCGUGGCCGUAAACCAAGCCACAAUCAUGAGUCGUAUGCGUAGACGUGCGAGACAGACAGUGACUUGUUGGAAUUGUUGCUAUUGUGGCAUGGGGAUCAUGUUGCUAGGCACCACCACUCAUUGCGUCACCUGUGAUCGAGCUAUGUGUGGUUUCUGUCAAGUAUACAAGCAAAGCAUCUGCGAGAGAGUGGGACCGCGACGCCGUCCGACGGCCCAGGGCCCUGUGCUACUUCACAGAUUAGAGCAGCCCCGGCAGGCAAACACGAUAAGUUUCAAAAUACAGACGGAGCAUUCAAUGAAUGCACUGACACAAUCAUCUGCCUAUAAGCCUAGAAUCAUUGACAGUGGCCGGCUGAAAUAUCGUCCUGGGCUCGAGACCAGACCAGAGCAUGUUGUGCUUCUCCGGUGCUUGAACUUGACGGGCGCAAAAGAUGAACCCUGGAAAGCUAUUUCGACUGGUGAAACGCAGUCAUCACCAGGAGAAUUCACCCCCGGAUCUGAGUCAUCCGAUCUCUGGCAAGAGGAUGACGACGACAUAGGCUUGCCCGCCAAGUGCGACACAAUCGCACAUGGCUUAAGCGAGGGUUUUGACGACCUUUUCCAGAUGUGGCUUUUAAGCCCCCGGGACAACAAUGAUGGACAAAGAGCCCCGUCACCUUCAGGCCCGCAGCGCAAUGCCAAGGAUACUGGGAAGCGUGCAGAACCGAGACGUAAGCGACCUGAUAAUUCAGAUGAGCAGGACGAGGAUGCGAGCCCCGGACGGUCUGGGGCAGUCGGAAGGAAACGUCGGAAAAUGAUGCCUCUGGACACGCAGCUGGCCUGUCCGUAUUUCAAAAAGGAUCCUCGGCGGCAUAGAGCUUGUUGUGGUUAUGGGGGCCAAAAGCUGAGUUAUGUCAAGCAACACCUUAGCAGGAACCACACCAUCUCGCUUUACUGUCCUGUGUGUAUCAUUUAUUUCCCUAACGAGCGGCUACGCGACGAACACAUCAGAGCUAGGACUUGCGAGCCGCUUGAAAACCCGCAGGUACCGGAGGGAAUAACGAUGGAGCAGAGGAUUUGGCUGAGUAGGCGCGGCCCCCCACAUCUCAGCGAAGAACAGCACUGGUUACGAAUAUUCCAGCAUUUGUUUCCUGGGCACCCUCUGCCGCAAUCGGUAUACAACGACACGACUUUCUCCGAGGAGUUUCUUGAUUUCAGAGACUUUAUCAGUGGGCCUGCAGGACUCGAUAUGCUAUUGAGCAAAGUACGCGAAAGCCCGUGCUGGACAGCCGAGCAUGAGACGCUCUUUGGGCCAGACAUCGGGGAGGGACUCGGGCAAUUGUAUUGGCUUUGGGCGGCCGCAAGGCAGGGCGAGUCCAACCGAGCCGGAGCCGUUGAAGUCCCUUCACACGAGUCUCAGGACACGUUGUCUCCAGUCUUGGACGGAGCUUCCCAUCAGUCUGGCAUGCAGCUCGGAGAGGAGCUUGUUACUGGCGGGCAAAGCUUCGAUAUGUUCAUACCUGUGCCAAGGGAAACGGAGUCCCCAACAUUGCCCGCACCUCAAAAUGAGCUGGCAAGGGUCGUGGAUGGACGAGAACAGCUCAUCUACGAAGCCACGCAACUUGACGCAACGACCAUAAACACGGAGAAUGAACAAGAGCACCCGAAUGUGGAUAAAAAAGAGGAACUGGACGAAGGUUGGCAGUCUUCGAGCAUAGCAUUGACUCAUAUCCCCCAAGGUCAGCCACGGACGAGCUUGACAAGGAUUGACCAGCCAGACACUGAGCCGCCGGAUAUACCAGAGCUUGGAGACGACGCGCAAGGCGCCGUCUCCUUAUCAGAUUUCCGACCCGAAUUUCUCAACGACGGAUUUCAGGGAAAUACCGGUUGGAACUUCUCUUCAACCUUCGAAUUGGAUGACGCAGGGUAUUUACUAGGUCAUCUCGGAGCCCCGCGUGAAGAUGCUAUUUUGAACGACGUCGCCGAGGCCUAUACAGGAACGACGGUAAUGACGGAUGAAGAAGCAACAGCCAUUAUUGCGGAUCUUGAUGACUGUUUAGGAUUGGCACAACCGCCCAAGUAA